GUUUCUUCUCCCACAAGAAAAGCCAAGAAACCCUAUUCCUUCAUAUAUAAUUCAUAUCCUCCAAAACCAAAACCCACUGUUCAUCGUUAAUUAUCAACUCUUGUCACCACAAACACAAUGACUCGUAGCAACAAAGGUGACGUAGAGUCUGGAAACAACAACCAACUCUACCCCAUGAUGCUUGAGAGGCCUCAGCUCCGAUGGGCGUUUAUUCGCAAAGUCUACAGCAUUUUAUGCAUCCAAAUGCUUCUAACCACAGCGGUUGCCGCAACAGUUGUAUUCGUGCGCCCCAUACCAAACUUCUUCACUCAAACCGCUGCUGGCCUUGCUGUCUAUAUCGUCAUUUGCAUACUUCCUCCCAUACUUUUAUGCCCCUUGUACUAUUGCCGCAAGCGUCACCCUUGGAACUUCUUCGUUCUCAUGCUGUUUACGGUUUCAAUGUCAUUUGCGGUGGGACUUGCUUGUGCAUUUACAAAAGGACGAAUUAUUUUGGAGGCUGCUAUUCUCACGUGUGUUGCGGUUGUUAGCCUAACUCUCUACACCUUCUGGGCAGUGAAGAGAGGAAAAGAUUUCAGUUUUCUAGGACCCUUUCUGUUUGCUUCUCUCCUUGUGCUCAUAGUCUUUGGACUCAUUCAGAUCUUUAUCCCUCUGGGCAAGAUAUUCGUGAUGAUAUACAGUGGUUUGGCAUCGCUUAUAUUCUGUGGUUUUCUUGUUUAUGACACUGACGAUAUGAUCAAGCGCUACUCCUAUGAUGAUUAUAUCUGGGCUGCAGCUUCCUUGUAUCUAGAUGUUUUCAACAUCUUUCUCAGCCUCCUCAAUUUACUUGAUGCUGCAGACAGCUAAAAGCCUUCAUUUUCUCCUCUCAAUCUCAUAUCUUUGCAUCUUCAAAUAGUCAUAUUGAUAUAGAAACUUUGAGCCUUUUUUACCCAAUUGAAGAGAAGUGUGGUUAAGAAUGCAAAUCCAAUUAAACACAAUAUCUUUGUUUUGUUCAUAUCUAUAUUAUUGCCUAGCUUCUCUACGGUGGGAUUUUCUUUGUUUAUCUUACCCUUGGUUUUGAAAAGAGGGUUCAAUUUAUAUUCUAGAUUUUUUAUAAGCCUAGAGAAAUUUCCAAGCAGUAACUCAAGCUAUACAAGGCAGAUUAUCAAGCAUCCUUUCCUAGUGCAAUUAAAUAGAAAAGGAAUGGUUAUUGGACUUGAAUCUUGCCAUAUGUUUUGUAUGAUUUAUGUAUUGCAGAAAUGAUAGUGCCAAGUCCUAUGCUACCAAA